AGCUCUCCUUUCGUCCAUAUCGCAGCACAAACAUGUCAAGACGAAACUACAUGGUGGCAUCACAAUCAUGUGGAAUCUUCAUGGAUUGUUCCAGAUGGUAACAUACUGUGUAUCGAAGGAAGCGACGUGCAAGGUGACAUUCGUGAGUCUGUUCGUGGCCAAGUUCAGCUGCAUCCUGGACUGGUGAGAUGGAGAAGUAGACCUGAUAUCCAGCAAAUAAUCGAGUCGAAACUUAUCGAGAAAGCUGGAGGAAUGUUCAGAUGGGUUGCGUGUCAGCUUGAUACACUGAACCACUGUUUGACACUAGUGGAUCUUCGAAAGGCUCUCAAUAACUUACCUGCUGGUCUGGAUGAAACCUAGUCUCGCGUCUUGUCGAGAAUUGAACCUAGCAAUCAGGAGAGCGCCAUAGCAAUGCUUCAGCUGCUUCUUUGGGUCAAGAAAGAAUUGUCUCUAAAUCAACUCGUCGACGCGCUGGCUAUUCGACAGAGUGGACAAGGACUAGUCUACGAUCCGGACAACAGGAUGCCCUUGCCCAGAGAAAUAAUCAAGAUGCUUCCGGCUCUGAUAGUCAUCUACGAGAAAGACUCACCUCAACCCUUCGACACAGUUUUAGACAUGAUGGACCGCGAUGGGUGGUUUCAAUCCGAUUCUAAUUUAAGCGUCCGAUUUGCGCACUAUACAGUCAAAGAAUACAUGAAUUCGAACCGAGUCCUGGAACCCUACAAGUCCAGUCUGGGUAUGCUCUCCGCCCAUGUGGCGAUCGUCGCCAUGGGUAUGAGCCUUUUUACCUUCUUAGGAGGUUGUAUUAGAGGACUGAUUCUCCAAGGAUGGUUUGGGGACACUCCGUGGUUCGAGGAAGACAGCUGGCAAUAUUUCAAACCUUGGGCCUUGCUCAAGCAUUGGCCAUUCUCGCUCAAGGUCCCUUUUCUCUUCUACUUGGAAAACACCUGGGACGCUCAUGUCGGGAUUGCACAGCUCAACAAGAGUUCCUUGGAGCGCAUCGUCGACUUCUUAAGGAAUGAACAAGUGCCUGGCAAUCCAUUCGCUGUCUGUAUCCGGUUCACUAAUCAGUACUGUCCGGAGCCUAAGACCGAAAUCACGAAUCCCUUGUAUUAUGCCAUCAAUGCUGGGUUCGAUGAUAUUGUUCUGCGAUUGCUCGAACAUGACGGACGAACGAUCGAGAUAACCCCCGACGAACUUAGUGGCGGACUUGAGAUAGCAGUGAAUACUCUUUGCCUCUUGGAGCAAGAUAUGGAGCCACUACACAGACUGGACAGCCCCGAAUCCGAGAUUAUGGACCCACCUACUCAAGUACUCGCCUCGUCCCGGUCUAGAGUCAUUCGUGGACCGCUUGAACGUGGUGCCAAGCCGACUCUCCGUUCCUUCGUAUACGCCGUUUCUUACCGAAAAGACCAGUUAGUACAGAUCCUGCUCGACAAUGAUGCGCCUCUGGAGGACAUGAGAUGGUCCUCUAUGGUACGCCGUAGUGAAGGACGUACCUUCGUGUGAGACUCGACUUGGAACCGAGAAAAACACUUGCAUCCCUUUUUGCUUACCACUACAUGUGGCUAUUUCGCGAGGCGCAGAUAUCCUCGUCAGGCUGUUACUUCGCUACGAGGCUGAUGUCAACCUUCCGAACCCCAUCGGCUGCACGCCACUCAUGCAAGCAGCGCACGGUAAUCCGGAUUUACGAGCAGCAGAAAAUCAUUCGGCUCGGAUCAUCCAGACACUAUCAGACAGUCAUGCGGACAUGGAUGUCAAGGACUAUUGUGGCAAUACG